UAAAGCACCUACAUCCGUUUUUUUACCUCUUCUGUUGUUUGACAUGGAAGAAUUUUGCGCUAAAUUCGCUCAUUCGUUCUUUCUGGUUCUCGCGCGAUUUUUAUACCCAUCUCGAUCAUGGUCUCGUGCUUGUAUGGUAUAUUGCUGCAUUUGUUCUUAUUCCUGCCCAAAAUUUCUGACUCAUUCUCCCAUGGAUCUUCGUUGUUUCAUUCCAAGUACCCUAAAAUAAUGACUAUGGGCAAUGAUUACACUGAUGAUAAUGGCCCCCCUGAGCCAACUCCAUUUGAACCGUCUACUCCCCCAUCUGUUACACCCCCGCAGACAACAUCAUCAUCAAUACCGACAGAAACUACACAAAUUCAUAUUUUGACACCUACCCCCUCGACUCAGUCGUAUAAUCCUCCAGUGACUCCAUCAACCCCAAACAGAAAUGGAGUAUCCAAAGCUGUGGAAAAAUGCAAGGAAUAUCACGAUUGGUUGAUCAGAAGGUCGACAUUCCAAUUUUUCAUCAUUAAAGGAACACCAGCUAUAGAAAAAGAAUUUCCACAUAUGGCCGCUUUGGGAUAUGGGGCAGAAAAUAAUAUCCAGUGGCUAUGUGGUGGUAGUCUCAUUUCAGAAAUGUUCGUGGUAACUGCGGCCCAUUGUCUGAAAUCUGUGGAGAUGGGCCCUGUAAGCUGGGUUAGAUUGGGCGAGAUAGACUUGGCAUCCAAGGAGUCAGAAACUGUUCAAAUGUAUUCUGUUGUGGAAAGAAUACCCCAUCCAGAAUAUUCACCAGCUUCGAAAUAUAACGAUAUAGCUUUAUUGAGGCUAAAUAAGCCAGUGACAUUUUCUGAAGCUGUUUUACCAAUAUGCCUAUCGACAUCCGAAUCAGAUGUUGGAGAGAAACUUAUAGCCACAGGCUGGGGCAAAACAGAAGUUAAUGGACCAAGGAGCAAUACGUUGCUCAGAGUUGACCUGGAAUAUUUUUCGAAUUCCGUUUGCAACGAAGCCUACGCUGAUGUUUCGAAGAAAGAUCUCCCUGAAGGAGUUUCUAAAAAUAAACAAAUAUGUGCGGGAAGUAGGACGGACAGGAGAGACACUUGCCAGGGAGACUCAGGAGGACCACUUCAGAUCAACACUGAUAAGCUGUAUCUGGUUGGUAUAACGUCUAUAGGUAAAAUGUGCGGGCUGCCUAAAACCCCUGCAAUAUACACCAGAGUGCUGUAUUAUGUUCCUUGGAUAGAACAAACAGUGUGGAAGGAUCAAUGAAGCGUCUAAAUUCUAAAAAAAUGUUUUCGAACUUGUUCAGAUCAAUUCACGCAACGUUCUCAUCUAAAAAAGGUCGAGUUAUUCAGGAAUCAUAAAAACCAUUCAUGCCAGUCAACUCACUAGAGCUCAAAAUAGUUUAUUACUCAUAAAAACUACAUAGUGAAUCAUGAGAAAAUUUGUCUCGGGGAUUUUCUUCCUUAUUCAUUUAUUUUGACCUCAAGCCAUUUUUCAUGGCAAUAAAAUGUUCCUUAAAAAUUAGAAAUCUGAUAUACCCCCCAAUUGUAAUCUGUAGUUUUAUGUAUGAAUCCUAUUUUCAGAUGGGAAUUCUGAGAUUAGGUAAGGUGUACAAGAAUAAAAACAUGUAUUGAACCAG